AAAAAUCUCCCAAAGGGCAAACCGCACCGCACCGCACGUCCUCCUCCUCCUCCUCCCCCUCCCCCUCCCCUCACCACCGCCGCCGUCGUCUCCGAGUCGUCCGCCUCCUUUCCCCUUCCCCUUUGAGUCGCCGCGGCAGCUGCGCGGGUCUGUGCUCGCUCGCUCAGAUAUUUCUCCGCCUUUCGCCGGUCCCCUCCGGUUCCAGCCCCCCCUCCCUCCUGUCUCUCUGACCGCUCUCUGCUCCCCCGCUAUUCGCGCGGAGAUCGGUCGGAUUUCCCACCGCAAACCACGCCGAUUCCACUCCGCAGACCUCUUCCUCAGGGACGGGAUUGGAUUGGAUUGGAUUGGAAUUGGAUUGGUGGUGGAUCUUCUCCUCAGGGGACGCACAAGACCAUCGUCCUCGCCUAAACUUGGCCAUGCCCAUGCCAGCUCUCGCUCCUGCUCCCGCGCUGCUGCUCCACCUCCACCUCCACCUCCGCUGCUACUAGACCACCCCCCCCCCCCACCCCUCACCCCCACGGAGGAGCGCCAUGAGGCGGGGAGGCGCCAAGGACGACGCCGCGCCCGACAAGGUCAUGGGCCCUCUCUUCCCCCGCCUCCACGUCAACGACACCCUCAAGGGCGGACCCCGCGCGCCACCCAGGAACAAGAUGGCGCUCUACGAGCAGUUCAGCGUCCCAUCCCACCGCUACAGCGCCGCCGCUGCCGCACCGCCCCCGCCCUCCGCGCCCGCUCCUUCCCCGGCGCCCCCAUGGCGCGCACAACGACCCGUCCCGGCCACGUCCGCCAGCCAGGUUGGCGGCAGCGAUAGACCUCUCUUCCCAUCAUUUUGUGUGCCUUCAACUGAACCUGUUCGUUCAUCAGAUCAGAUGAAUGCCAACUCCAAUGGGCGGGCUGCCAAUGGUACGAGAGCUGAAUCUGGGAGGCAGUCCACACAUCUUAAGAGCAAGGAUACCAAUGCUGCUGGACCAACCGCAGAGUGUAGUUCAAGGCAGAGAGAGAACGGCAAUAAGAAUUCUUCAGGGAAGAAAUUGGCUAAUGAUGAUGAUUUUACAGUUCCCUCCGUCUUAUAUUCUGGAGUGCCUCCGCAUUCCAGCCAAGAAAAGCUCACUCUGUUCCCUACCACAAGUCCAUGUAAGAGUGUGCCUGCAAAAUAUUCUAGCAAUGGCAAGAGACACUUGGAAGGAAUAGAUGUUUCUGAUGUGAAAUCAAAGGGGCGCUCAGGUAUUAAGGAUACAGAGCCAGUACAAGUGAGGAUAGACUUGGAAGAUGAAGAGACAACUCCAUCGUUUCAAAUAUUGAAAGACAAGACGGGGAGACCAGACCCAAAAGUGUCUCCAUUCAUGGACAGGCUGAAAAAAUAUAAUGUUGCUGAUAAGCAAUAUUCUGAAGCUGAGAGUUAUCAGAUGAGGACCAGGAAUGAGGAUGCUGUUAAGACCCAGAACCCUCCAAAAAAUGGAUCAGUGCUCUUGUCUAAGCCAUAUGAUGAUAGGGAACAGAAUGGUGAUUCUGAUAUAUUGAAACAUGGCUUAAGAGAUACAGGUGAGAAGAGGAAAAGAUCACAUCAUGGUGUGGAACAAAAUGAUGAUUUGUCUGAUUCCUCAGUGGAGUUUCUAGCUGGAAUGGAGAUUUCUCCAGAUGAUGUUGUCGGUGCUAUUGGUCCUAAGCAUUUUUGGAAAGCCAGAAGAGCUAUUGUCAAUCAGCAGAGGGUUUUUGCUGUUCAAGUAUUCGAGCUGCAUAGGUUGAUCAAAGUGCAGAAGCUGAUUGCUGCAUCUCCACAUCUACUUAUUGAGGGGGAUCCUUGCCUUGGCAAAUCCUUGGCAGCAAGUAAGAAAAAGCUGGCUGGAGAUGUGGAAAAACAGCUUCAAUCGGCUAAAAACAAUGAUGAGGUGCAACCAACACAGCAGCAGCAGCUAGAGCACUCAAAAGAGAACACUGAAGCGAACCAGCCUUCACCAUCUCAAGAUGAUGCAGCUGGAGUCCAACAUAACAAUCAAGCUGCAAUAAAUGGUGCUGUUAGCAGUAAUCCUCCCUCGAUGCCUACCCCUUCUGACAACAAACAGAACAGCUGGUGCAUUCCUCCACCUCCGAGUCAGUGGUUGGUACCUGUUAUGUCCCCGUCUGAAGGACUUGUCUACAAACCUUAUAGUGGGCACUGCCCUCCGGCGGGGAGUUUCAUGGCGCCCCCGUUUUUUGCCAGCUGUGGUCCUGUAAGCCUCCCAUCCACAGCUGGGGAUUUCAUGAAUUCGGCAUAUGGCGUUGCUAUGCCUCAUCAGCCACAGCACAUGGGUGUUCCUGGUCCUCCACCCAUGCCACCGAUGUACUUCCCACCGUUUAGCAUGCCGGUGAUGAACCCUGCAGUGUCAGCCUCUGCAGUUGAGCAAGUGAGCCAUGUUGCAGCGUCACAGCGUAAUGGGCACAUAGAGCAGCAUACACGGAACUCGUGUAACGCGUCUCACUUGAGGAGUGAAGCGGUAUCAGCUGGCGUUUGGAGAGUCCAUGCAUCAAGGGACAGCGAGCUGCAAGGCAGUAGCGCUAGCAGUCCGUUUGACAGGCAGCAAGGUGAAGGGAGGGGUCCUGCGCCACCCUUUCCAGCAUCUUCAGUUGGAAACAGGCAAGCUCAAGCUCAAGCUCAAGCCUCCUCUGGGAGCAGGGAGAAUCCGAGCAGAGUCAUUAGGGUUGUUCCCCACACUGCGCGCACUGCUUCGGAGUCAGCAGCGCGGAUUUUCCAGUCAAUACAGAUGGAGAGGAAACAAAACGACCCCUGACUCGCAACCGCAUGCUGUAUGUUCUUGACCCGUAGAGUUACUAUACUUGUUUAGCUGAGAGCAGCUGAGAGCCUAGACAACUAGUACUUAGCUACUGUAUUAUUUUUGACCGAUAAUAGCUGUUAUAUAUGAUUGCCGUAAAUUGGCUGACCUGCUGUUUUGUUCAGUGUAAAUAUGUGGUGAUUCAGGUGUCUGUCAGAAUGAUGGCCUUGUAAUACAUCUGUAGCUAUGUUGGUCAUGGUGCUGUAUACAGGAACUGGAAUUUGUAACCUUGAAGGAAUUUUCUACUUCUGUGUUAAGGAAAAACUGGGGUUUGUCUUGACCUGCAAAGGUUGUGUUGCAGGUAUGCUAAGAAAUUCAAACCUGUGUGUUAAUUUAUAUA